AGCAAACAUAAGGUAACUGGACAGCGGGAACUGUAUCAUAACUUGAAUCUCAGUGUGCAGGACGUGUACAGCCUUGGCUUUAACGAUGGAGAGCUACAAACUCCUGACAACAGCGAUGGCGUGCGCCGUGCUGCUGUCCUUUGUUCGCGGUGCUGAAAUCGACAACUUUGACAAAGAGUCUGACUUUGAAACGAGAGCCCUGAGAGAUUUUUACCCAAAGGACCCAAAUUUGACCAACGAAAAGCAGCUUCUCGGGGCUUUACAAGACGUUCUGACCAAACUGCAGACUAAACGGAUCUCACUUUGGGAAAAGAAGUUUGGGCGCGUUCCCAUAUGCGACGUUGGGGAGCAAUGCGCCAUCAGGAAAGGAUCAAGAAUCGGCAAAAUGUGUGACUGUCCGCGCGGAGCGUUUUGCAAUUACUUUUUGCUGAAGUGCUUGUAAAGAAAAAGAUGGAAUGUGAAUU